CAAUCUCGCGAGAUGAGGCUUGUGACGUGAGAGUUGGCUGUACGGCAGGAGUCCGGGAGCUGAGCAGUAACUGCGUUGCGGGACGUUUAAGCAGUGUUCCGGGACUGCGGGCUGGGUUAAAAGAUCGUGGCUGUUGGGCGGUAUGUGGCUAUUGCUGGCUGCUGUGGAGUUGCGCUGACCCGGCCGGUGCUGGGCUCUAUGCAGCCGCUUCACAAUGAAUCUGCACCAGGUGCUGACAGGAGCCGUCAACCCGGGGGAUAACUGCUUCUCCGUGGGGAGCCUGCAGGAUCAGUCCAUCACGGCAUAUGCAUCUGGCUGUGAUAUUGUCAUUUUGGGAAGUGACUUUGAAAGAUUACAAGUUAUUCCUGGAGUUCAGCAUGGAAAUAUUUUGGUGGGAUGUGUGGAUUGUUCCAUGCAGCAAGCAAGGAUUGCAGCUUCAUAUGGAAAUGUGAUUUGCAUCUUUGAACCAGUCAAUCUUUUGCAACAGAAGACUUCACAAUCAGAUCAGAGUGUUCGAACUCAGUGGCAGAAGAGCGGACAGAUUGUGCUCGACUCCGUUGUCCAUAAUUUGACAUGGGACCCAACUGGUACUCGUCUACUAACUGGUUCUACCGGACUUCAGCUUUGGGGUAAUAUUACCUUAGAAAGGUUAUCUUGUGAUGACCAGCAAGAGAAGGCCAGUGUUGACCAUGCUGAGUGGAAUUGUAUCUGGCAAUGCAAAACUGCGUUUUCUGUUCAUUUAAUGAAGUUUUCCCCAGAUGGAGAAUUUUUUGCUACUGCUGGAAAGGACGACUGUCUGGUUAAAGUGUGGUAUAAUACUGAAAGCUGGCAUUCUGCUGUUACAUCUCCUGUUACAAGUCCUGACAAACAAGGGCAAGGUGAAGUAGAUUUCUCAUUUAUCUACCUUGCCCAUCCUCGAGCAGUAAAUGGAUUCUCAUGGAGAAAGACAAGUAAAUAUAUGCCAAGAGGCUCUGUUUGCAAUGUUCUUCUUACCUGCUGCAAGGACAAUGUAUGCCGCCUGUGGGCUGAAACCCUCUUGCCCAAUGACAGCCUUUUAUCUGGUGACGGCUUCAACUUAAUGGCAGAGCCUGACAGUGUAAACAAUAACUUUAAAAGAAACUCUUCUAGUAAAGAACGUGUACAGAGUGCACUGGAGUCAAAUUUAAAGCAUUUCAGGAGAGGUAGGAGUCGGUCUUUGGCUCUUGUAGCUCACACUGGGUAUCUUCCCCAUCAGCAGAAUGCUCAUAAUGGCCAUCGGAACACUCCUUUUCAUGGCAAUGCUCUUUGCCACUUUCAUAUAGCAGCCAGCAUCAAUCCAGCCACAGACAUCCCACUCCUGCCAUCUAUCACAUCUAUGAGUCUCAAUGAGACGGAAGAGAAAAGUGGACCUUUUGUUGUACACUGGCUAAAUAAUAAGGAGCUGCAUUUUUCUUUGUCAAUAGAAGUCUUUCUUCAGCAGCUCAGGAAAAACCUAGAGCAGCAAUCCUCAGAAGUCAGCACUGAUGAAGCCAACCAUGCAGAGGAGAACUCAGAUGAAGAGACAGAUGAAUUCUCUAGUGAAAAAAGAGAAGCAAACGGUGACAAAACAGUUUUGAAUUCACCAUUGAUACAAUUACCGGCAUCUGUCAUUGAUCAUGAAAUUGAAAUUUUGCUUUCUGAAUGGAAUAAGAAUGCAGAUAUGCUUUUUAGCAUCCAUCCUGUGGAUGGGUCAUUGCUGGUUUGGCAUGUUGAUUGGUUGGAUGAAUAUCAGCCUGGAAUGUUUCGUCAAGUACAGGUGUCUUUUUCUUGUAGAAUUCCUGUAGCGUUCCCUACUGGAGAUGCAAACUCACUGUGCAGAAGUAUUGUGAUGUAUGCCAGCACAAAAAAUGUAGACUUAGCCAUCCUGCAAGGCAAACAGAAACCCCCAGGCAUGGCACGUUCUACAUCUAUGCUAAUUUCUUCAGGCCAAAGUAAAUCCUCUAACAGUUUGAAACUUAGCAUUUUUACGCCAAAUGUUUUAAUGAUAUCAAAACAUGCUGAUGGGUCCCUGAACCAGUGGCAAGUCAGCUUUGCUGAGGAAUCUGCCUUUUCGACUGUUCUCAGCAUUUCUCACAAAUCUCGUUACUGUGGACAUCGUUUUCAUCUCAAUGAUCUAGCCUGUCAUUCUGUGUUGCCGUUACUGCUUACAACAUCUCAUCAUAAUUCCUUGCAAUCCCCGGAGCAAAAUGUGUCAUCCAACUGUUCAGAAGAAGACUGUUCUCUAAGUGAUCAUAACAGCACACCAGAGACUUGCCAAGAUGCCAGUGCGGUGUACAGUGAACUCAUCCUCUGGAGGGUGGACCCUGUUGGGCCUUUAUCUUUUUCUGGUGGUGUUUCUGAACUUGCUCGCCUUAACUCUCUUCAUGUUUCUGCUUUUUCCAAUGUGGCCUGGUUGCCCACUCUCAUACCUAGUCAUUGUUUAGGUGCAUAUUGCAAUUCUCCAAGUGCUUGUUUUGUUGCGAGCGAUGGGCAGAAUUUAAGGCUGUAUCAAGCUGUGAUUGAUGCUAAAAAACUUUUGUGUGAGCUGUCCAACCCAGAUAUUUCUAAAUACGUUGGAGAAGUGUUCAACAUCAUUAGUCAACAAUCAACUGCUAGACCAGGAUGCAUCAUAGAAUUAGAUGCAAUUACUGGCCUACAUGGCAGAAAAACUCAGCUGCUUCAUGUCUUUCAAGAGGAUUACAUUUUAGGAAAUAAUAAGAAAAACACUGGAAACAGUGGCUUUACAUCAGAUUCUGAAACCUCACAGACUGGAUACUCUGAAAAAUUCUACCUUGUAGUAAUUGAGUUGACUCAAGAAAAGCGAUCAAAUCUGCACAUGUGGAAACUGCACCUCAAAUCUGUGCCAGUGUCUAUAGAAGAUCAAUCUGGAUCAGACACUUCUGAAAAUGCUCAGCCAAUAGACGAUUCAUUCAGUUCUGCUUCUGGAGAAAAAGUCCAGUCACCUCACACCCAGAGAUAUCAGACCUGCAAAGCCAAUCUUCAGAGUACAAGCAAGAUGACCCUUUCAUCUGAAAUUGUUUACAGCCAAGAAUUAGACUUACCAGAUGGAGUAGAAAUAAUCAGUGUUAAACCAUCAGCAGGUCAUUUGAGUAGUUCUUCAAUUUAUCCAGUUUGUCAUGCUCCUUACUUACUAGCAACAUCUUGCUCUGAUGGCAAGGUGAGGUUCUGGCGCUGCAGAAUGGAUUCAGAUCUGCCUCUUUCACCAGGUGACAUGGAAAACAGUAUUACUUAUAUGUGGGAAGAAUGGCCUUUGCUUGUUGAAGGUGGCCUUCAGAAUGGUGCAGUGAGUGUACCAGGGAGACCUAUUGAAGUAAGCUGUGCCCAUACAAAUUGUCUAGCUGUAGCAUUUAAGCAAACGCCAAGUAAAAGUAGUAACGCAUCUCAAGAAUUAUUAAUGCAUGUAAGUAUUUUUGAAUGUGAAUCUACUGGUGGUUCAUGCUGGAUUCUAGAACAAACCAUUCAUCUGGAUGAACUGAGUACAAUGGUUGAAUCUGGCAUAAGUAUCGACAAUAACCUUGUAGCUUACAAUAAGCAUGAUGUUUUUUUAUCUUCUAACAAGCAGCUUCACCCAAACACAAAGCAUUUGGUCCAUUUAGACUGGAUGUCAAGGGAAGAUGGUUCUCAUAUAUUAACUAUAGGUAUAGGUUCAAAACUUCUAAUGUAUGGCCAGGUUGCAAAAAAGGUACAAGAGCAACCUUGUAAAGAAGAUUUUGCAUUGCAGCUGUGGCAAACUGCAAAAAACACAGCUCAUCCGAGAUUUGUACUUUUAAGAUGUGUGGACUUGGUGUCUUCUGUGGAAGGAUCUCUUCCACUGCCUGUUUCUUUGUCCUGGGUACGUGAUGGAAUUCUUGUUGUUGGAAUGGACUGUGAAAUGCAUGUCUACUCUCAGUGGCAGCCUUUCUCAAAACAAGUUGCAGCAAGCACAGACUCUUAUAAUGGGAGCACUCCGUCUAUUACAAACUUAGUCAAACAAAGCCAGUCUGUUGGAUCUGGUCUUAACCCUCCAAAAAAAUCGAUGACUAGAUCAAUGACAAGUUUAGCACAAAAGCUCAUGGGAAAGAGAACUGCAUUUGACCUUCCCUUAGAGAUGGAGGACUCGGGCCUUUUUGAAGCCGCUCAUGCUUUGUUCCCAACUUUACCUCAGUAUCAUCCUUUGCAGCUUUUAGAGCUCAUGGAUCUAGGUAAAGUCCGCAGAGCAAAGGCUAUUCUAUCACAUCUGGUAAAAUGUAUUGCUGGGGAAGUGGUAGCUAUUAAUGACAAUGAACCUAGCUAUGAGCGCAGACUAAGAUCUCUUUCAAUAAGUGCUAGUGGAAGCACUUCUCGAGAUCCUAAAACUUUUAGCAAACCAGAUAAUGUAGACUAUACAGAAAUAGAUUCUAUUCCUCCACUGCCACUACAUGCGCUACUCACAGCAGAUGAGGAGUCAACAUUUACAUCCACAGUUGAGAAGUCGAGUAAUCAUAACAACUCUAACAAAAGCAGUAACGGUACUGCUAAUGAUGAAAAUUACGAUGAACUGUUUCAAGUUCCGACACUGGGACCUGAUGAUUUGACUACAAUGGAUUCUGAUGAUGAAACUACAAAGCCACAAGUUAUUGAUCUUUCCCAAUAUAGUCCCACUUAUUUUGGCCCAGAACAUUCUAAGGUCCUCUCUAGACAUUUGCUUCACUCCAGUCUUCCAGGCCUGACUCGCAUGGAACAGAUGUCUCUUAUGGCUCUAGCUGAUACAAUUGCCACAACUAGUACCGAUAUUGGAGAAAGUAGAGACCGCAGCCAAGGUGGGGAGACCCUUGAUGAAUGUGGACUGAAGUUUUUUCUGGCUGUUCGGCUUCAUACGUUUCUCACUACAUCUGUUCCUCCUGCAUUUAGGGCUCAGCUUUCCCACCAAGGCUUGUCUACAAGUCAUUUUGCCUGGGCCUUUCAUUCUGUGGCAGAGGAAGAACUGCUUGGCACACUUCCUGCCAUGCAAAAAGGAGACCCUACCUGGGCAGAACUGAGAGCAAUGGGAGUAGGUUGGUGGUUGAGGAACACCCAUAACUUGCGGACAUGUAUUGAAAAGGUAGCCAAAGCAGCUUUUCAGAGAAAUAAUGACCCCUUAGAUGCAGCCAUAUAUUAUCUUGCAAUGAAGAAGAAAGCUGUAAUAUGGGGGUUAUACAGGUCGCAGAAAGAUGCAAAAAUGACACAAUUUUUUGGAAAUAAUUUUAAUGAAGAGAGAUGGAGGAAAGCUGCUUUGAAAAAUGCUUUCUCACUUCUUGGCAAACAGCGUUUUGAACAUUCUGCUGCUUUUUUCCUUUUAGCUGGCUCCUUAAAAGAUGCUGUUGAGGUGUGCCUUGAAAAACUGCAUGAUAUCCAGUUAGCUCUAGUGAUAGCAAGGCUUUAUGAGACUGAAUUUGAAAAAUCUUCAGCCUAUAAAUCUGUUCUAAAAAGGAGAGUUUUGGGGAUGGAGCCUCAUAGCAAAGAACCCAUAGUUUCAAAUAUGCAUUCUGAUCCAUUCAUACGAAGCAUGGCCUACUGGAUCUUGGAGGAUUAUAGUCAAGCACUGGAAACCUUGCUAAAACAGCUAGUGAGAGAUGAAAAAGAUGAAGCAUGUAACCUGUCAUCUAGUUGUGAUCCAUCUGUUUUCAAUUUCUACAAUUUUCUUCGUACACAUCCCAUGCUAUUAAGAAGACAUUUUGGAUCCUCUGAAUCUUCCUGUACCAAAAUGAGGAUUACUGUGGAAAAUAGCUUAGCCGACAAAAUUAACUUAGGGGAGAGAAGACUGUUUUUUACAACUGCCCAUGCUCAUUUAAAAGCUGGCUGCCCCAUGCUUGCCUUGGAAGUGUUGUCAAAAAUGCCCAAAGUCGUAACAAAAUCAAAACCGCUACUUCGUACGUCAAGUUUAGCAGAUACUAGCAAGGUCACAACACCAUUGUCUGAGAUAAAAGAAGCAGGAACCAGUAACACUGAUUGGGCAAACUCUGUGGUCAAUGGAUCAUUGUCUUCUUUUGAUAUGUCAUCAGAUAAGCAAUCAAGCUCUGUUCUUUUGUUUGACUGGAGCCAGCCUUCAACAGUUAUUGAUGAUGAGCCCCUGGAAUUAAAAUGGGACAGUGAUGGAGAAGAUGAGGAAUCUGGCUUGUCAAUGAAAGACCUUAAAUCUACACAAAGUACAGAGAGUACAAAGCAAGGGACAACUGGCACAAGCUGCUCUGAUUCCUUAAGCAUUGACGAAAAUGAUAUACUUAGUCCUUCUGAUGAUGUUAUAGCUGCACAAUUGAAAUUUAGAGCAUGUCUGAAGAUUCUUACUGGAGAACUGCGGACUUUGUCCACAGGCUAUGAAGUGGAUGGAGGAAAGCUGAGAUACCAGUUGUACAGCUGGCUUGAAAGAACAGUUGUUGCUCUGCAACAGAUAUGUGAUUACAAUACUAGUUUAGAGGAGUGUACGUCAGGGGGAGCUGUGGAACUUUCUCGCGAAGACAGUUCUGAGAAUUCAUUGGAUUGCAGCGCUACAAAGCACCAAAGAGAGAAUUAUCAGAGACGACAGUGGCUUCUCAAGUUUCAGUCUCUGCUAAGAAUGUUUUUAAGUUUUUGCGUCUUACAUGGUUCUCAUGGUGGGGGGUUGGCAUCUGUACGAAUGGAACUGAUAUUGCUUCUACAAGAAUCCCAGCAGGAUACUGCCAUCCUUUCCAGUUCACAGGCGGAACAGACAUCAAUCCCUCUUCUGUUUGCCUGCACAGCUAGUGCCAAAACUGUUGUGGCAAACCCUUUGCUGCAUCUCUGCAAUUUAACCCAUGAUAUCCUGCAUGCCAUAAUCAAUCUUGAUUCCCCUCCACAUCCAGAUGUACAUAAUCACAAGAUCUACGUAAUGCAUACUCUGGCUGCAUCACUUUCUGCGUGUAUCUAUCAGUGUCUUUGUGGAGGGCAAGCCAACAGCUCCUCAGUGCAAACAAAUCCGUUUACAGGAAUGGCGUAUCAGAGUGUGUUACUUAUUCAUAGGCAACCUUUGAGAACAACAAGCUUAGAUGAAGCAGUGAUUCCAAAUACAUCCCCAACCCAGUGGCCAGGGAUAAGUGCCUUGCUACGCCUGCUAAAUUCUGCAGGGGAAGAGGCCCAGCCAGGGCUUACUAUUUUGUUGUGUGAAAUUCUCACAGCAGUUUAUUUAAGCCUGUUUAUUCAUGGACUAGCUACACAUUCUAGCCAUGAGUUAUUUUGCAUUGUGGCCCAUCCUUUGAUCAACAAAAUGUGGUCUGCAGUCUUCGGAGGAGGAGCCCGGAUCCCAAGCAGGGGGCAAUUGCCAGUUAAACCAGUUAUAGGAAAACAUUUUUCUAUCCCUAGCCCACAUCAGGUAGUUGUCUUCUCCAUGGAAUGUGUUGGCUUUUCCAAAGCCCUUACUGCUAUCAGUACUCAUAGCCCUCCCAGCCCUGCAGGCAAGAUACUAGCCUUUAGAUUUAGGUCUCCAUACUAAAUGUGCAUACGUGUCAUUUUGCAUAUCAGAAAAACAAACUUACAUUUAGAGUGUGUUAUAUUUUUUUCUUGCAAGUUUAUGGAUUUCUAAAUGUCAGAAAAUAAAUAAGAAAAUAAUUGCAGAUUAAAAAUGAAUAGACACUUUUACUUGCAAUUUAGCUUUCCAGUAUCUAGUAAUAUCUAACAGUUCUCCUUAUCCUGUCGAUACAAACAAUUAGAAAUCCAUAUCUUUCAAUGUUUUUCAUUUUCUGUGCUUCUCAGCUAACAUCUUUCUUGUAGCUUUGUGUGUUGUGUGCAUUAAAUAUGACAUUAACAUUUUAUUUGGUUGCGUGACCUAAAUGCUUCCUUCUGAUGUGUCUUCUGACUAAGCCUGUUUGCUUUAGGGGUGCAUAGAUGCUUUGCAAGUACUUUUAUAACCAGAAUUUAAAAAUAUAAUUUACAAAACAUACAGUAAAUAGUGCCUAGCCCCUAGACCAGGGGUGUCAAACUCUAUCAUAUAAGGGGGCCGUAAUCUAAAAUACAGGCCAAGUCGCCAGCCAGAUUUUUUAUUAAGAUACUAUACGGUCAGGCACAGUCACCAGGGGCCACAUAAAACAGCCAGAAUAGCCAUAUUAGACACGUGCCCUAGACAAUGGCUUAAAAAAUACUGCAGUUAUUUCAGCAGCACCCAACUGUUAUGACAGCGUUACAACAUGAACUUAAACUAAAGACGGCAAUAUAUGGCAGAUUUAAGCUGCCAAUUCGAGUCCUUCAGACCAAAGCGGCGGCUUAUCUGCCUGUGUAUGGGGACCCCCAACAAGCCAAUCUGACUGACAUCUGGCUAAAAAUUGGCCAGGUGUCGGUUGGGCAGGUUUGAUUUUCCAGCCAAGGUCAGAAAGGCAUGGAGCUACAGAGAGUCGAUUUUAUUUUUGUAAAUACUUAUAAGAAUAGGAGUGCUGUUCACAAGGGCAGGUAUUGCUUCAUAUAGUUCUAUGCAUAAAGUUUGUUUUAGUUUACCUUUGGGCAGGUUUUAGUUUUACUGUAACCUCACAGUCCCCAGUAACCGUUAUUUCAUAAAUAGUAUUAAUUUAAUAUACUGUGCAAACUUGGUUUUUAUGAACAGUACUACCAUUUAAUAAUGAAAAACAAAUAUAUCUAUGCUUUGAGAGAAUUAACAUUAUUUGCAAUAUUACUUGAGCAGUAAUUCAGCGUCAUUCACUUUUCUGAUCAUUCUUGAGCAGCAUCCUACUAUUGCCACAUUUAUUUACUUUUUUUUUUUUGGUCCUUUGUCGUUUUUAUUUGUUUUUGUUGAAACUUUACCUUUAAAUAUAAAAAUACAUUUUUACAAAGAAAUGAUGUCAAAUAAUACACAUUUUAGACCUCUAAAACCUCUCGUUUUAAAUUCAUUAUGAUUUAGUGUACUGGUAUGGGAUCUGAUAUCUAAACACCCAUUAUACGUUAAAGGAAUACUGUCAUGGGAAAACAUGGUUUUUACAGAACACAUCAGCAUUGAAAUAUAAAAAACCCGAACAAUAUUUUUUUUAUAUUUAAUUUUGAAAUUUCACAUGGGGCUAGCCAUAUUGUUCAUUUCCCAGGGUGCCACAGCCAUGUGACUUGUGCUCUGAUAAACUUCAGUCACAAAAAAUAAAACUUUUGUAGGUUCAGGACUUUUAUUUGGUGCAUGUAUGCAGCUUAAAGUUAGAGUUUAAAGGAUGCCGGAGAUUUGAGAAUUAACCCCAGUUGGCUAAAAAGGUAACAAUUAUUGUCAAUGAGAGAUGUCCACUAGUGUAUGAGCCUUUCUUUAUCCUUUUAAGGUAUGGUGAUCUGAAUUAUCUGGAAAACCUAUGUUCCCAGCAUUCUAGAUAACAAAUGCCAUACCUGUACUGGCAUAAUACUUCAUUGCUACCAGCUGCUAAUUGAAAGUAAAUAAAAUAGAUAUAGUACUUACAAUUUGUGCAACAGUUUGAGGAAUUGUUUUGAUACAUUCAUAAUAAGUUUCCCCUAAUGAAUCUAAUAGCAGCAGGGAGUGGCCCUGGGAUUCUGUUCUGCAUUUUAUGAUUUCUUCCUUUGCUUCCUACUCUUUCUUCAAGCUCCCCAUACUACUCCUUUUCCUCCAUUAGUGUGUUUCCUAAAUACUGAUGGAACAGUCUUUGGUUUGACAUCACAACAUACAUCAUGGGUCAACAAGUCCCUUUAAACAAUUCAGUGUGAUGUGUUUUUUCUAUUUUAUUUGAAUUCUGUGCUCUUGGGAAAUCUGUACCCUUACAAUUCUGAUUGUUUGGUAACAUUUUUGUGGCGAUCUAUUACUUCAGUAUUAGAAUGAACAACCCAAGAUGUUUUCCAUGCUGGGACCUGCUUACCAGAAAGAUGAUUCAGGGGGCAGAGAAGUCAUGAGAGUUGGAUCCUCUCUGUACUUGUCCAAAUAAAUACAAACAGGCUAAAAAUACAUUAAAUUGCGGGUAGAUCUUACAAUAUACAAGCUGCUCCCCCUGCUUAUUGCUCAACAGCAUUCAGCAAAUAUGUGAAAAGUAAAUGUUCAAAAUGGGAUUCUGUAUCUGUUUUUUGCUUGUCUGGUAUUUACAAAACGUGUCCAACCAGUAGGAGGUGACAGAGCUACAACACACAGUAGCACUGACUAAUAUUUGUUCCUCGGAAUCGAAGCUUUAGUGACCAGCCUGGUAGAGUUUCUUGUGCCCAGCAGAAUAUUAAGCUGUGAGACAACAGACUAAUUGUAUGUUCCUGUUGCUGUGUGUGAUGUGGGGCUGAACUACAUUCACUUGCAAUCAGCACAUUCCAGUUAAUGCUUGCAAGAAAGGCCUAUGCUGUGACUUUUUCUUCCCUUCUAUAUUCUUUGCAAACACAAUUAAUAAACCGGUUUCUUAGUGUUUUUAUUGGCAUUCCUAAACUUUCCAUUGCACUAUUAUUUGGGCAUGUGCAUGCAGUUUGUGCAUGUUGAUCAAAUAUCUCAAUUAUAAAACUUAGAACAUGUUGCAUUGCAGCAUAAGUAUAAACAUCUCUAAUAAAGGUAAGUUGUUCUUAACGGAUAUUUUAUGACUUCGGGUAUUGGUAGGCAAACAAGCAUAUUCUGAUGUUCAUGCUUGCUGAAUUAUCUUUGAAAGCUUAUUGCUCUGUACAUAGCAUAUUAGGAUGUUUAUUGUAAAUGGGUUAGGAUUUAUAAUAAACAUAUUUAUACUGAUGCACAAAAUACAAUAGUACUUUGUGUUUGAAUGUCAGAAAUUAUUUAUACUAUAACAAUACUUACAAAUGGCCGUUAAAGGUACUGUUAUAUGCUCUAGCAAUGAAUAAUGCAGAAAUGUUUUUAUAAAACAAAUAUUUGUGUAACUUUUAAAGGAGAACUAAAACCAUACUAAAGAAGUAUGCUAGAAAUGGUUGUACUGUACAUUAUGUUUUGUUCUUCUGUACCAGCCCAAGGCAACCACAGCCCUUUAGUGGGGAAGAACUAUACAUGC